UAACUGCUAUGCUGCUAUACAAAAUGUUUUCUAAAAUUUCUCAAACAUCAGGACAAUAUGCCCGUUAAAGCAAAGUGGCUGAUCUCAGAUUUCUCUUUAGUAUUGGAAAAUGACGACUGUAGAAAUUCACUUUUAGAAGAAUUGGAAUUAUUUUUUCGGAACUUUCGAUUAAAUGUCGUCGACCAAAUCGAGAAAAGACUCAUUUACGAGAAAGAUUGCAGUAACAAGAAGUCCGUCAAUACUACAAAGAUAGCAGAGUUGCAACAGAAGAUUGAUACAAUAACAUCUGACAUAGAUGCUAUCACGUUACAAGAAGAAGUAAUAGAUAAAAAGAUUUCUAAUGUAAUAAAGUCACUGGAUAGUGUAAAAAAUGAAUUGGAAGAGACAAAAAAGCAAAAAGAUGCAUUAUCUUCGGAGAUAUUGGACUCAGAACUGGAGAUUGAAGAAACAAGAAAUAAAAAAUGUCUACAAUGGGAUGCUAUUAAGCGAACAUAUAACAUGUACAAAAUACGCUUGGACAUGCAUAUAAGUCUUGAAGAGGAAAUAGAUCAUCAAUACAUAAAAGUUGCCUUUUUUAUACAUAAUAAAAAUACAAAGGAUAAAUAUUUCGUUCAGUUAUCACAUAGUAGUAACUGCUGGAAAGUUGAACGUAUUGAACCAAAAUUGAAGAAAGAAUAUUUUAAUGAGCUAAGCAGCAUAGAAAACUUUUCCGAACAAUUCAAAGUAUUAGACAUUACUUUGUUUUUAUAUGAAAUACGAAGUAUAUUUCUAAAAUAUUACAUAUAAAAAGUUGAAAAAAAAUUAUGAAAAUUCCUAGAAUAACAUAUUUUAU